CUGCGGGGACCUUGACAAGGACUUUUCUUCUCCAGAAGUGUAGGCCUUCCCUCCUUGUGGCUCCCAAAGCUACCAAGAACAACAGAUUCUGCAUCUCGUCGCCCGUGAAUAAGACGGGGAUGGACAAGUCGCCAUUCAACAGCCCCUCGCCGCAGGACUCGCUGCGCCUGUGCAGCUUCACGCAGCAAAACUGGCCCGUGAUCGCGGUGCACAGCGGCAUCAUCCGGAGUCCGAACCCGUCCUCCGCCCUGCACUUCCCCACCACGUCCAUCCUGCAGCAGAUGGCGUCCACCUACUUCCCGCACACGGCCAUCCGCUACCCGCCGCAUCUCAACCCUCAGGACCCGCUCAAAGAUCUCAUGUCGCUGGCCUGCGACCCGGCCAGCCGGCAGCCUGGAUCGGAUAUAUUCAAUGAAAACCACAUCUCAUUAUGAGCUACAACAAGUAUUGAUAACUGAAAUCUAAGAGAUCCUCUUAAUACCAGCGAAAAGCUCAACUCAUGUUGCUUUCUGAAGUACAGCAGUGAGACUGAGAGUCAGCUUCUCAGAGACAAAAAAACCAUGGAGCAACAGACUGAAGGUGAAGAAAGCACUAGAGGAACCUAGAAGUGUACAAGCAAGAGUAAACUUUACAAAGGAAGGCAAAAUAGCAGUGAACUUCAAAAAUUUUGUGUAGAACUGGUAAUAAAAAUAGUUAUUUUGCUGUAGCUUUGGAAUUCAUGUACCUUUUUCAAAAUAUGCGUUUUCCAUCAAUUUUUGAAGACCUCUCUUGUACAUAGGUUUAUAUACCAAAUAAAGUGCAGUGGGGCAAGGUGUUGGGUCUCCCAGUUAAACAGGCCAGUAAAGAUGCCCACAUUCCACACCAGAGUACGUGGAUUCAAUACCCACCCACAGCUUUUGAUUCUUGCUUCCUAGUAAUGCAGACCCUGUGAGGCACAGGUUAUGGUUCAAGUAAUUGAGUUCCUGCAACACAUAUGGGGACUUGGACUAGGCUUUCAGAUCCCGGCUUUGGCUUGGCACAACCCCAAUCACUGUAGUCAUUUAAAGUGCUUACCAGAUUGGGAGCUCUCUCUCUUUCUCUCUCUCUCUAUCUCUAUUGGAUGAUCUGCCAUCUAUCUAUAUAUCUAUCUACAUAUCUAUCUAUCUAUCAAAUCUAUAUCUGUUUCAUUGUCUUGCUUACUCUCAGACAAUAAAUGAAUCUUAAAAAAAUACAUUGGCAAGAAAUUUGUAUGAAAAUGAUUCUUAAAAGAGUUUUGCUUUUGGCAGAAGAAGAACAAUCUAAGAUAAAAGCAAAGCAAUAUAAACAGGAAUGAUAAACAACAGAAGGAUUAAAUGUAGGGGUAAAUCUAAGUUAUUGACUUUAGAAAGCAAUCACAUGGAUACCUUACUUGUUCAAAAUGUGUAUAAUUUAAAUUCUGAUAAUGGAAAAAAGAUGAAAGUGAAACAAUUACAGUAAAUAUGAUUCUAGUGUUGUGAAAAGUAGUAAAUUUGAAAUACUGAUGAUAAGUCAGCAGUAAAUCUGACAAUUGCUAGGGUAACCACAAAAAUAAUUAAGGAAUACAUAACCAACAAACCAAUGGAGAGGAAAUUAAGUAACAAACUAUAUAGAUUCAAAAUGAGGGAGAAGAGGAAACUACUAAAACAGGAAACAAAGUAAGAUGCUAAAUUCAGGUAAAACAUAUCACAAAAUUUUAAAUGUAAAUUAACUAAGUGAUCCAGCUAGAAAUCAAAAUUUUCUUAUUUAAUGGAAAAACAGUUAAUUAUUUGCUAUUUAGGAUACAACCCUUAAAUGUUUAAGAGUAAAAAUGUUGAAAAUAUACCUACACAUUUUGAAUAGAAGACUCUCCUGAGAUCUGACAAGACAGACUUUCAUGCAGGAACUAUUACUAGAUAUAUUCAGAGAGAUUUCAUAAUGAUAUAGUUAUCAAUUCAGUGCGAAGAUAUAGAAUUCUAAAUUCUUAUGUAGGUUAAUAUGGGAAGAGUUUUAGCACUUGUCCUUUUUUUUCUUAAAAUUUUAAGCUUUUUAUUUAGUGAGAGAAAGAACUUAUCUUCAGAAACAGUAAAGAUUCAGGUGAAAACAACAAAGAAAAUUAAGAACAUGCUCAUAAUUCAUAUUCAUAUGAAUUGAACAUGAGUUUUGCUGCACACAGAAUCUUUCAUCAAAUAAACUUUAUUAGGGUGAGCGUAGUGGCACAGUAGGUUAAGUCAACACUUACAGUGCCCAUGUCCCAUAUCAAAUGCUUAGUUUGGGUCCCUGCUACUCUUCUUUUCCAGCUUUUAUGAAUGUGCCCAGGAGACACAGAAAAUGGUCCAAGUCUUUGGGUUCCUGCCACCCUUGUGGAGUGAGUUCCUGGAUCCUGACUUUGGCCUAGCCUAGUCCCAGCUGUUGCAGGUAUUUGGAGUGUGAACCAGCAGUUGGAAAAUCUCUGUCUCCCUUUUUCUCUCAAUGUUGCUUUUGAUCUGCAAUACAAAGAAAUAAAUUCAAUUUUAAAAAGAUACACUUGAUCAGCAGCCACUUCCCCUCCCAGGUGUAGGUUAGGCUUGACUAACUUGUGUUGACUAAGGAGAGCCAUGUGAGGAAGAAGUUGAAAGGGAUAGGUUUUGUGUUACCAUGUUCCCUUUUCCUUGUGCUAUCAUGGGACAGGAUUCUACUAUUCUUGCUUGGCACGCCUGGGUAACAAAGAUAGUAUGACUUCUGUGAGCAGAGUCCCCUGCCACAAAUGAUGGACCUGUACAGUGAGUAAACCAGCAAUCUGUUACUAUAAAACCCUGCGAGUCACAGUGUUAACCUAGCCUUCCCACCUUGACCUCGUCAACUCUCCCUCCAUCCCCUACCCCAUGGCCACUGUCCAGCUUAUGUUUUAUUCACAUUCACAUUCACAUUUUAUUCAGAUUCAUGAUAGGAGGAGGAAACCAUAUUAGAUGAUUUAUAUUUUCAAGAUUUAUUUAUUUAUUUAAAAGUCAGAGUUACAGAGAGGCAGAAGCAGAGGCAGCGGCAGAGAAAGAGAAAGAGAAAGAGAAAGAGAAAGAGAAAGAGAAAGAGAAAGAGAAAGAGAAAGAGAAAGAGAAAGAGAAAGAGAAAGAGAAAGAGAGGUCUUCCAUCUUCUGGUUCACUCACCAGAUGAACACAAUAGCUGGAGCUGUGCUGAUCCAAAGCCAGAAACCAGGAGCUUCUUCUGGGUCUCCCAUGGGAGUUCAGGAGCCCAAGGACUUGGGCCAUCUUCUACUUCUUUCCCAGGCCAUAGCAGAGAGCUGGAUCAGAAGUGGAACACCCAGGACUCAAACCAGCACCCGUAUGGGAUGCCAGUACUGCAGGUGAUGUGUUUACCUGCUACAUCACAGUGCUGGCCACAAGAUUAUAUACUUUUAUGAAUGCUAUAAGCAACUAGCACUGAAAGAAAUUAUAAAAAGGAGAUUUAAUAGGUAACACUUGUAUAGAAACUACUUAGUGAAUCUGUUUCCAAAUAAUUCAGGAGCAUAUUGUUAUGAUCUGUUUUCAUAGGUUAAUAUUAAAUAGAAAUUUAUUUUUAUAGCACUCUGGCCUCAGAAUCAGCCCUAAAGCCAUUUGGAUCUGGCUGAAAAGCCCAUGAGAGUAUUUCAGGCAUGGAAAGCCAAGACACUCUGGCAAAAAGAUCUCUGUGAGUGAGAUCCCAGUGGAAAGAACAAUUCUUCAAAGAAGGAGGUACCUUUCUCUGAAGGGAGGAGAGAACCUCCACUUUGACUAUGACCUUGUCUAAACAAGAUAAGAGUCGGAGAACUCAGAGGGCUUCCAUAGCCUUGGAAACUCAUGAUUGGAGCAUAGGGAGAUUACUGAUGCCAUAGACAGGAGUGUCAAUUUGUAAAGUCAACAACAGGAGUCACUGUGCACUUACUCCUCAUGUAGGAUCUCUGUCCUUAAUGUGCUGUACAUUGAGAUUUAAUGCUAUAAUGAGUACUCAAACAGUAUAUUUCACUUUGUGUUUCUAUGGGGGUGCAAACUGUUGAAAUCUUUACUUAAUGUAUACUAAACUGAUCUUCUGUAAAAAAAAAAAAAGAAAAGAAAAAAAGAAAUUAUCAAUUCCCAACUUGACUCUCACUGGGAUUAAACAUGACAAUAGGUCUGAUCUGAUUUCAUCAUCAUUAAAAAAAAUCAUCUAUUAUUUUUCACUUUAUGUUUCAGUGUGGGAGCAAACUGUUGAAAUCCUUACUUAAUGUAUACUAAG